AUGUGGCUUCUUCUCAUUGUAAUGGCUGUCCAAGAAGCUGUGAGUCUAGAAGAAGCUAAAAGCAAAACAGAAUUGAAUCCUGAACAAUUUAUGAAUAUUAGUGAGAAAAUUCAGUACUGGGGAUAUCCUUCUGAAGAAUAUGAAGUGCUAACACUUGAUGGGUAUUACCUGAGCCUAAACAGAAUUCCAGGAGGCAGGAGGCCAAUGGAAGGAUCGAAGGCUGCUGUAUUGCUGAUUCAUGCCCUGAUUAAAGAGGGCAGUACCUGGGUAGCAAACCUGCCCAACAAUAGCUUGGGCUUCAUCUUGGCUGAUGCAGGAUAUGAUGUGUGGAUUGGAAAUCACAGAGGCAGUUCAUGGUCUAGAAGACACCAAUACCUUACAAUUGACCAAGAAGAAUUUUGGGAUUUUAGUUUUCAUGAAAUGGGCAUCUAUGAUCUUUCAGCCUUAACAGACUUUAUUCUGCAGAAAAGUGGACAGAAACAAAUCUAUUGUGUUGCCCAUUCUGAGGGAAGCACCAUAGCCUUGUUUGCAUUUUCUGUACUGCCCCAACUUGCUUCAAAAGUUAAGAUGUUUUUUGCCUUGGGACCUGUAUAUACACUUCAAUAUAGUAUAAGUCCUCUUUUGCAGCUGCUACGUUUACCAGAAGCAUUUUUGAAGUUAGUUAAAACAGGAGAACCUAGGUACUUUGACUACGGCUCACUGAACAUAGAGAAAUACAACCAGGAGAUCAUUUACCAGAUGACCAUCCUGUUCUUGGAGUAG